UGAGACUCGGAGGGCCAAGCCCCUUGCCACAAGUCGCACAGCCAAGGAGGCAGAGCCAGAACUUACACCCAGAUCCGGAGACGACAGGAGAAUGGCCUCCUGGGAUGACAAGACAGUCACCCGCAGGGCCAGGGUGGCUCCCGCCGAGAGGAUGAGCAAGUUCCUGAGGAUGCACUUCACCGUCGUGGGGGACGACUGCCAUGCCUGGAACAUCAACUACAAGAAAUGGGAGAAUGAAGAGGACGAGGAGGAGCAGGAGGAGCAGCCGGCGCCAACACCAGCCUCUGGCGAGGAGGGCAGAGCUGCUGAUGCAACUGCCACCCCUGCCCCCGCGCCCAGGCCGCCCCUAGACUUUAGGACCACGUUGAGGAAGCUCUUCAGCUCCCACAGGUUUCAGGUCAUCAUCAUUUACCUGGUCAUUCUGGAUGCCCUCCUGGUGCUGGCCGAGCUCAUUCUGGACCUGAAGAUCAUCCAGCCCGACAAGAAUAACCAUGCCGCCCGGGUGUUCCACUACAUGAGCACUGCCAUCCUGACCUUCUUUAUGAUGGAAGUUUUCUUUAAAAUCUUUGUCUUCCACUUCGAAUUCUUUCACCACAAGUUUGAAAUCCUGGACACCAUCGUCGUGGUGGUCUCGUUCAUCCUCGACAUCGUCCUCCUGUUCCAGGAGCAUGAGUUCGAGGCUCUCGGCCUGCUGAUCCUGCUCCGGCUGUGGCAGGUGGCCCGGAUCAUUAACGGGAUAAUUAUCUCCGUUAAGACACGUUCAGAACAGCAGCUGUUAAGGUUAAAACAGAUGAACAUACAAUUGGCCGCCAAGGUCCAACACCUUGAAUUCAGCUGCACCGAGAAGGAACAAGAAAUUAAAAGACUGAACAAGCUCUUGCAACAGCACGGACUCCUUGGUGAGGUGAACUAGAC